AUGCCAACUACCGUCGGUGUUGAUGAACCGGAGUCUGUUGUCCUAUACUCUCCCGCUACCAUUGGUAUCAUAGGAAAUGUUAAUGACGCAGCCCUAUACAGUGGUAGCAGUGAACGUCACAAGGAGAUUGCAGAUGUGGCAGACCAGUUCGUAGGAAGUAAUUCAUACUGCAAAGGACAGCAGACAGAUGUAAACAGGGCACAAUCUAUGAGCGAUGAUCAGCGACUUAUGUACAUCAUCAGAUCACGGGGACAGACAAAGCGCCGCAGCUCAAACACCUGGUUCCAAGGUUGA